AUGACAGUAACCAUCAAUGAACUGACAAACCACACUUAUAUCGACAAGGAACUGUCUGCAGCUUUGGAUUCAACAGAGGCGUUUGAAGGUCCUGAAAAACUGUUGGAAAUUUGGUUCUAUGCCCAUAGUGACGAUAUUCCUGAUACCAAUGUUAGCGCCAACAAGCGGACCCUGCGUGAUAUCCCCUUAGAUCAAUGGGUUGAAAUUCUAAAAUUGGUCAAGUGUGAAGUUCUUUCCAUUAAAUCCACUAAACAGAUGCAUGCUUUUCUUUUGAGCGAGUCUUCCCUUUUCAUCUAUGAUCACAGAUUAACUCUAAAAACUUGUGGUACUACAACUACUCUACUGUGUUUAGAGCGCCUACUAGAUGUAGUUCAGGAACAGUUAGGUUGGAAAAUGAAGACUUCUAAUUCCGAUGGUAAAUAUUCACCUUUUAAAGUUUUUUACUCCCGUCGUUGCUUCAUGUUCCCCUUGAAGCAGAGAAGUAUCCAUAAGUCAUGGUCCAGUGAGGUAGAUUAUUUAAACCAAUUUUUUUCAAACGGUAGAUCAUAUUUGGUUGGUAGGAACGAUCAAUCAAAUCACUGGAAUCUGUAUGUUACAGAAAGUCAGCCAACGACAACCGCUUCCAAUCAUCCCCAGAACGAUGAAACUCUUGAAGUGUUAAUGACGGGGCUCGAUCCUUUUAGAGCCAAGCAAUUUGUUUCUAACCGUAACAUCGAUCCUACUUCAUCAAGCGGUGACGAAGGCCAUCUACUGGGCUAUAAUAUUACCAAAUCAACAGGACUGGAUAAAAUUUACGACAAUCGGACACAGGUGAAUUUCACCCAUGAUGCAUUUGCUUUUACACCCUGUGGUUAUUCGUCAAAUAUGGUACUUGACGAACAAUUCUACUAUACCUUGCACGUAACCCCAGAGAAAGGCUGGUCGUAUGCAUCUUUUGAAAGCAACGUUCCUGUAAGGCAGGUUUCCAAUAACGAACAAAAUAACUGCCAAGUCUUAGCUAACGUAUUAGCAGUUUUUCAACCAAUGGAGUUCUGCCUCACUUUUUUUGCGAAGGACUGUAACGCAGUAAGCCAAUUGACUCAAUUGAUUCAAAGCAUGAAGAACUACAGCAAGAGGGACAAGAUUAUUUAUGAUCUUGAUGAUUACCAAUUGUUGUACAUGAGAUUCGAAAAAAACGAAUCCACGACUACGGUCGGCUAA